UUUUCCGGUCAACGCGUCUCCUACCGAAGAAGUUGCAGCGAAAUCCACACCAGUUUGCUAGGAAUACCACUAUCAGUUUCCAUUUUGAUUUCGUUUGCUUCAUAUUUCAAUUAGUAUCUCAUUUGGAUCUUCAAUUUGGGACUCAAUUUUCUGUUGGUUUUGAUUUGAGAUCGAUUUUCAAAAUCACCCUUUCCUUCCUUCCAUCUGUAACCUUCAAUUAUGGAAACCCAACUUCCCUCUUCCACUUACCACAUCUUCCUCAGUUUCCGAGGUGCAGACACCCGGAAAAACUUCACCGAUCACCUCUACACGGCCUUAUGCAACGCCGGAUUCCAUACUUUCCGAGACGACGAGGAGAUCCAGAAAGGCCAACAAAUCCUACCGGAACUUGAAAAAGCCAUCAAAGAAUCGAGUAUUUCAGUUAUUGUUUUCUCCAAACACUACGGUUCUUCCAAAUGGUGUCUUAAUGAGCUUCUCAACAUUCUGGAACGGAAAAGGUCCGAUGAUCGUUAUAGUGUUUUCCCGAUCUUCUAUGAUGUGCAACCCACGGAGGUCGGAAAUCAGAAUGGGGUUUUCAAAGAAGCGUUUGAUAAGUACGAGGAGAGUGGUCAGCAGUCCAAGAAGAAGAUUGAGCAAUGGAGGAACGCCUUAAAGGAAGUUUCUAAAUUAACAGGGAAAGUGUUGAAAGAUGAAUCUAAUGGGCAUGAAGCAGUAUUCAUCCAGACAAUCGUAAAAGAAGUCGGGAUCAUGUUGAAACGAACGGUCUUGGCUGUUGCUCCAUAUACAGUGGGCAUCGACUCUCGAGUCAGAGACAUUGACUCGUGGUUAAAGGAUGGUGCAGAUGUCGCGAUAGGAGUGAUUAGCGGGAUGCGAGGGAUCGGAAAAACUACGAUUGCUAAAGUCGCUUACAACUUCAAUUUUGCCGAUUUUGAAGCUAGCAGCUUUCUCGCAAAUAUAAGAGAAACUUCUGAACAACCAAAUGGUUUAAUUCGGUUACAAAAUCAACUCCUUUCGGACAUUUCAAAGGGAAAAAAACAGAAAGUAUACAACACCGAUGAGGGUAUAGUCAAAAUUCAGGAUGCUAUUUGUCGAAAAAAAAUUCUAGUCGUACUUGAUGAUGUGGAUCAGAUUGAACAGAUCGAUACUUUGAUAGGUUUUGGUGAUUCGCUUGUUAACGGAAGUAAGAUCAUCAUAACUACAUCUCGUGAACGACUUUUAAGUCACGAAAACCAUAAAUCAUUUAGGAUUAAACAACUGGAUUAUGAAGAAUCUCUUCGGCUAUUCUGUUGGCAUGCGUUCUCUAAAGAUUACCCGACAGAAGGGUAUCGGGAACAUUCAAAUAGAGUCGUACAACACUGUGAAGGACUCCCUUUAGCUCUUCAGAUCAUGGGUUCUUCUCUUUUUGGCAGAAACUCGGAGUUUUGGGAAUCUGCUUUAGAAAAACUGGAAUCAAUCCCGGAUGAACGGAUUCGAAAAACGUUAGAGGUGAGUUACAAAUCAUUACAUGAUGAUCACGAUAAGCGGUUGUUUCUCAUGAUUGCUUGGUCCUAUGUUGGAAAAGACAUGGAUGAUGCUGUGCAAAAGAUGGAGGAAAACGAUUUCUAUUCCAAGAUCGGUAUGCAGAAUCUUUUGGAUCGAUCUCUUAUAAGCAUUGAUAAAGAUAACAAGAUCGUAAUGCAUCAUUUGGUUCAUGAAAUGGCGAGAGCGAUUAUCCGUCAGGAAACGGAUGAUCGGCCUGGGAAACGUUAUUUGUACAGUUACACAGGAGCAAAAACUGAGACAGUUACAAGUGAAGGAUCACUGUCAUGUAAGAACGACAAUUGUGGAAAACGAAAGAGGAUGGAGGAGGACUGCGAAGAUGAAUCGAUGCCAGUACCAAACGUAGAAGGGUCGAGUUCGUUUAAACGUUUGUGUGUUGGCUUCUUCUCGUCACUAAGAAAAUGGUUAUAGUCCAAAUUUUAGUGCAUGUAUUUAAUUUUGUAACGUAAUAAAUCUUUAAACGUUUGAUUCCUAACUUUUUUAAUAAAUUGGUAUUUAAUU